AUGAGGACCGCCUUCCAGCACUUUGACCGCAACGGCGACGGCCGCAUCUCGGCGGACGAGCUGGCCGCUGCGCUGGCAGCGGCCGGCGACGCCACGUCGCCGGAAGACGUUGCUGACAUCAUCCGCCAGGUGGAUCAGGACGGCAACGGCGAGAUAGAUUAUGCAGAGUUUGUGACGAUGAUGGUGACCCACACGGCGGUGUCGGCGGCCUGGACGCCCGGCGGCGACGGCCGGCCCCCCAUGAGCCUCGCCCUGGGCGUCACCUGCAGCGGCCGCGUCGAGAGCCGCGCCGACCUCGCCGGCCAAGCCGCCGCCGCCGCCGCUGCGGGUGGCGGCGGCCGCGGCGGGGGCGGCGCGGGGCUGGCGCGCGGCGGCAGCAGCUCGAGCGCUGAGUCCCCACUGGCUCCCCUCGACGCGCGGCGCCCGCAGCUGCCGUGA